UAUAUUUGGCAAGACAAACCAUGGAAAGAGUGUGGUUAUUUUCUUAUAUUGUGCUCACCAUGGCUGUCUAUGCACUGGCUUUUGAAUACAGUUACAUCAAAGUUUUCCCCAAGGAUAGAGUUUCCAGGGUGUCCAUGGUGUCAUAUGGGAAUCGAUAUGCCCUCAACGCCUCUCAGGCGAGAGCCAUGUGCCUGUUCCUGAAUGUCACCAUAGCGACCAGGCAACAAGUCGAAACCGCUUACCAACAUGGACUGGAGACAUGCGGAUUUGGCUGGAUAGAUGAACAGAUUGCAGUUAUUCCCCGCAUUGUGCAGAACCCAAACUGUGGCAAGAAUAAAACUGGUGUAUUGCCAUGGAAAGCACCUCCAGACCAACUCUUUCAUGUGUUCUGUUUCACUUCAGCAGAUUUAGAGAUACGUUUGGAGGACCAGACAACUACUACAAGAACUGUCUUGUCAUCAGCACCAGCUACUACCAACAUUGUGAAAAAGAGGUUGAAGACAACACCAAGAUUUUCCAUAGCUCCAGCGCCUGAUAUUACAUCAAAAUCAUCAACACAAGUCCCAAGAUUUCCCAGCCUCAUGGAUCAGUCAACAAUUGGCUUAAUCUCCACCCCUCCUCCUCCCUUGCCAUCCCUGUCACCUCUCUCCUCCCAACAUUCUCCCACCUCUCACACUAUUCUUACAUCCUCUCGCUCGCUCCUGACCCCUGCCUCUUCCUUCUCUCUACCUCAGCUUUUGUUUUUGUCUGCCACCUCUUCCUCUCUUAUUUCCUUUCCUCCCCAGAACACAUCUGCCAACAUCAGUGAGAGCUCUGAGUAUCCCCAGUCUGUCAACACGGCACAUUUUUCUAUAGGAUCAAUACUCACGACGCUCCUCAUUAUUUCUCUUAUUCUACUGUUGCUGCCUUCGUCAGCUGCGGUCUGGUACUACAAAACGACCAGGGGUGUUUUUCCAAUGCAAUUCUGUCGUGCAGGACAGCAGAACCUGAAGGACGACAUAGAGACUGAGAUGUGGAGACACAAUGACAGUGAGACAGACCUGCAGGACCCAGAACAGACUGACUUAGAGGAGAAUGAAGACAUCAAGUCCACCAGUGACAUCGUCAUCAUUAAUCCAGGGACAAAAACGAAUGAACUAACAACAAUCGGCUAUGUUGAGUGGAACUGACAGUGCUAAAUGCAUUAGCAAAAUGAAAUUAUUAAAAAAUGUUCAUUAAUAAUUUCAUUUUUUUUUAAGAGUGAAGUAAGAAAAAACAAGAGUUGUUUAAAGGUUGGGUUCAAAUGGGGAGCCUUCCUGUUAUCAUAUACUUACACAGAGUACCAUUACACUAUGGUUUUGCACUGAGCUUCCCACAUUUUGAUAAAGAAAAGAAAUAGUUGAGACGGAAAUAUCCAUGGUAACAAAACUGUUGCUGUAUUUUUCAAACUGAUACAGGCGAGUGUGUGCGUGUGCAUGCAUGAUAUAUUGAAGGGAGUUCUCAAAAGAAGCAAAAAUAUCAACAUUUUAACAAUUGAAUGUGCAUAAGAGCUCCAGUCAUCCCACACUAGUUUCAUCUGAACCCAAAUGUAGGAGAAUUUUACUUUUGGAUUUCAGAUGGUUCCUCAUUCUAAUAGACUGUGCCAAGAUAGAUUGUAAUGCAUUAAUGCAUGAUUCUAUUUCCUUUAAAUGUCUUUGGAAUAUUUAGGUGUGUUAUUUAAAUGCCAGGUUAUGGCAGUGGACUACAGGCCAAAUAAAACAAUUUCAUCACAGUAUUGUUUUCGAUAUAUCUGAACUGUCAUAAA